AUCCCAUCUUGAUCCACAACCGCCACGGCUUGUCAAGCCGAUAAAACGAAACUCAUUGAACAACCCUUUUCGUUUCAGUCCACGCAGAGACUAGAGAGAAAACAUGGGAAAGGGAGGAAUGUCUCACGGCGGCAGCRGCACUGAUGAAGAUGGAGUUCAAGAAAAUAUGGCUGCUUGGCUAUUGGGUAUCAACACGCUCAAGAUUCAGCCUUUCCACCUUCCCCCUCUCGGGCCCCAUGAUGUUAAAGUUAAGAUGAAGGCUGUUGGUAUCUGCGGCAGCGAUGUUCACUACCUAAAGACACUGAAGUGUGCACAUUUUGUCGUCAAAGAGCCAAUGGUCAUUGGUCAUGAAUGUGCUGGGGUUAUUGCAGAAGUUGGGCCUGAAGUUAAGCAUUUGGUGCCCGGGGAUCGUGUUGCACUAGAGCCCGGAAUUAGUUGCUGGAGAUGUAAUCUUUGUAAAGAAGGCCGCUACAAUUUAUGUCCAGAUAUGAAGUUCUUUGCCACUCCCCCAGUUCAUGGUUCUCUUGCAAAUGAGGUGGUUCAUCCGGCUGACCUAUGUUUUAAACUGCCAGAAAAUGUAAGCUUGGAGGAAGGAGCCAUGUGUGAGCCCUUAAGUGUUGGUGUUCAUGCUUGUCGACGUGCUAACAUUGGUCCAGAAACAAAUGUUUUGGUCAUGGGAGCCGGACCAAUUGGGCUUGUCACUAUGAUGGCCGCCCGUGCAUUUGGUGCACCUCGAAUUGUCAUUGUCGAUGUGGAUGACUACCGAUUAUCUGUCGCAAAGGAUCUCGGAGCAGAUGAUGUCGUUAAAGUUUCAAUCGACAUUCAGGAUGUAGAGCAAGAUGUUGCUGAGAUACAAAAAGCCAUGAAAACUGAAGUAGACGUGAGCUUUGAUUGUGCUGGCUUUAACAAGACUAUGUCGACAGCUUUAAGCGCCACCCGACCCGGUGGCAGAGUCUGUCUUGUGGGAAUGGGUCAUAACGAGAUGACAGUUCCGCUAACUCCAGCUGCAGCAAGGGAAGUCGAUGUGAUUGGCGUGUUCCGGUACAAGAACACAUGGCCAGUGUGCCUGGAGUUUAUAAGAAGUGGCAAGAUCAAUGUGAAGGCGCUCAUAACACACAGGUUUGGUUUUUCACAGAAGGAGGUGGAAGAAGCCUUUGAAACCAGUGCUCGUGGUGGUAAUGCUAUUAAGGUUAUGUUCAACCUGUGAACUCUUCUCCCUGUUUGAGAAGGGGGGGAAAUAUACUGUGCAUGUUUUAGAUCUGUUUUCCUCAUAAGUUAAGGGAAAAAAAAAAGGUAAUUCAUAAAGGGAAUCUUAUAUUUCACUUUGAGAUAGUUCAAAAUGAUGGGAUCAUCUUUUGUAAUACAUGGUUUGGUAAUGUUUUUGUUUUUGGAAUACUGAGACGUUUACGAGUAUUUAUGAAUUAGUUUACAGGAUGA